AUGUAAUCUAUUGAAGAUCAAAUUAAAUCUUGUAUGUCUAUGACAAAUCUAACAUAAGAUAUUACUCUAGAAUUACGUACAGAAGAGUAAUCAGAAUAAUUAGAAUAAUCACAAUAAUCAAUCUAAAUAUAAUAAGAAUGGAAUGAUAAUCAAGAAUAAUUCAAAUAAACCUAAAAAUAAUCUUUAAAACAAGAUAUGAUAUAAUCACAAUAACAAAUAAUUAAUAAAGUCUUUAAUUGCCCUAUUUUUAAUUAAGUAGCCAUUUCUAAAGAAUUAUAUCAAAAUCUUAGUGAAACUUAUGAUCUAUUAAAUAAACUUCAUUUGAAGGCAAUUGAUUUGACUAAAAGAUUUAAUUCAUAAGCAAACUUUCUUCCUAGAUUUUUCUAAGCUAUAAAAAUAACAUUUAUUGGUAUAUUAUAACUUGAAUAAAUUGGACUAAUAACAAAUGAUAAAGAAAUCAUAAGUAAAUCAAUCAAUGAAGAAUAUAAUAUAAAUGUUAAUAAAAAGAGAUUCAAUGAAAAAGCUGUUUGUAUAUUGCUAGAAUUUGUAAUUACACAUAUUCUUUCAUAAAUAUCAGUAUUGUUUGAAACUAUUGAAGUGAGAAGAGAAAAAUAAGAAUUAAGAUUAUUAGUAAUCUACUUAUCAAAAUUAUAAACCUGUCUUGAACAAUUACCAGGAGCUGCUAAUUUGGAUAUCAAUGAUAUAUUUUGUUAUGAUAGAGGACAUUAUAGAUGGUAAAGCCUAAAUAGUAUUACUUAAGAAAUCCUUUUGGGUUCAAGAGAAUAAAUAUCAAAAUCCUAUGGAAAAGUAGCUGAAGGUUUAUUACUUGCCAAUGCCAUGAUUUCUAAGGGAUCAGAAUUUAAUAAUGAAGCUGCUAAAAAUGUAAUGUAAGGAUUCGGUGCAUUAUAUUAUUUAGUAGCCAAAAAAGAUGCUAAAUUAAAAGCUGAUCAUUUUAUGGCUGAACCAAAUAAAAAUCUAGCAUUUAAAGCUUGGAAUUUGGGAGAGAGUGGUUUUCUUAGUAAAUUAUUACCACUUCUCUUUCCUAUGAUUACAUAUAACAAAAAGAUAUAUAUUCCAUAUCUCUUUAAAAGAUUAGUUGAAGAUAAUAUACUAAGAUAAUAUAAGGAGAAUAAAAUUAAUCAUAUUUAAAAUGAUUGUGGAGAAUGUAUUAAUACAAAUUUACCAAAAUGUCCAGAAUUAUUUAAAAAAAAUAAAGAAACAAUACCUGUUAGAAUAUUAUGUCAUUAUAAUCUAUAAGAAAUAUAAACUGGGAGUUUUGUAUAAUAAUCUCUAAAGUUGAUACAAGGUGAAAAAGUAUUUGAUAAAAUAAUUAUCCAUAUACAUGGAGGAGGAUUUGUGAGCAUGUCAUCUAGAUCUCAUCAAACUUAUACAAGGAAAUGGGCUAAAAAUUUAUAAGUGCCAAUAUUUUCUAUUGACUAUCGUAAAGCUCCAGAAAAUCCUUAUCCUUUUGGUUUAGAUGAUUGUUGGUAAGCUUAUAUGUUCAUAAUUAAUUACAUUGAUAAGUAUUUCAAUAUUAGACCAAAGAAAGUUGUCUUAGUUGGAGAUAGUGCUGGGGGUAAUUUAGUAGCUGCAUUGACUGUUUAAAUUAUUAAAUCUGGGGCAAGAAUUCCUGAUGGAAUUUUAAUGGCUUAUCCUGCAUUAUGUUUAGAUAUUAAACAGUUUACUCCUAGUUUAUUAAUUUCUUUAAAUGAUCCAUUAUUACACCAUACUGUAUUGAAAUUAUGCAUUUCAUCUUAUGUUCCAUAAUAAUUUAAUGCAAAAUUAGAUCCAUUAAUGUCACCAUCAAUUGCUAGUGAUGAAAUUCUUGGAAGAUUUCCUCCAACUAGAAUUGUUUUAGGUACUAAUGAUCCAUUACAUGAUGAGAGUUUUAGAUUGGCUAAUAAAUUAUUGAAAUUAGGAAAAGAUAUUAAAAUUACUGAAUAUAAAUGGAUGCCUCAUGGAUUCUUAUAAUUUGAUGUUGUUUAAGGUAUGAAAGAAUCUGAGCAAACAGUACUUGAUGCGUAAAAUAUAAUACAAGAUCUACUCACAGUUUGA